AUGGUCGAACCUUUGAAGAUCGAUAAGAGUGAUGGUAAUGGGUGCAACGAGAUCAAUCGGCCAGAGCGUGAUGGAUAUGAAUCGGCGAGAGACAGGUGGAAGAAAAGGGGAGGCGAGCCUGAGGUGUCUGGGCAAGGGAACACUCAGCGGGAUCUUAAAUUUAACCCUAAUUCUACUCUCAUGUUGCGUUUGAUUGUGCAGUGGAAGGAUGAUGGUGAUGGAGCCUGGAGGACGAAGGAAGAAAAAAGUUUGUACUUUGUAGUGGAGAAGCUGACCCUUGGCGAUGAGCAACGUUUGGCUGUGGCGAACGAAGAGACGGAGGGAAAUGAAGGCAUGAACCACCGUAGUAAUUUAUCUCCAAUGACUCAGCUUUCACUUAGAUUUAUUCUUUUGGCUUGUGUGCAACAACAAGAAGCGAAGACGAUAAUGAAGAAGUUAUCUAAUACGAUCUCGGAAUUGGCUUCAAGUAUCCUGCCUGAUAACGACGUGAGGAUUGCUGCUUUGAGUCUUGUAAUUAGUUUUAUUCGGUGUUUGUCGAAUUCCGGUGAUAGGAAUCGGUUCCAGGAUUUGCUUCCAGCGAUGAUGAUGACUUUGAUUAAAGAUUUAAAUGGUGGACAAGAGGCUACUGCUCAAGAGGCAUUGGAAUUGUUGAUUACGUUGGCAGGGACUGAGCCUAGGUUCUUGAGGAGGCAGUUAGUGGAGGUGGUGGGGUCUAUGUUGCAGAUAGCUGAAGCAAAUACUCUAGAAGAGGGCACAAGACACCUAGCCAUUGAGUUUAUGAUCACGCUAUCAGACGCUAAAGAAACGGCACCUAGUGUGAUGAGGAAGUUGUCACGGUUUAUCAGCAGGUUGAUUAGCAUUUUAUUGCAUGUGUUGUUGGAUGCCGAGGAUGAACCUUCUUGGCAUACUGCUGAAAAUGAGGACGAAGAUGCAGGAGAGUCAAGUAAUUACAGUGUUAGGCAAGAGUGCUUGGAUCGGUUGGUUAUUUCUCUAGGUGGUAAUACCAUUGUGUUGGAUUAG